AUGCCCGAGCUCGCGGAAAUUCACCGCAUCGUGCAUUUCAUUCGUCAACACCUGGUUGGAAAGACCUUGUCUAAAGUCCAAGCCCAAGAUGACACUAUCGUAUUCGGCAAGGUAGGCACAAGUGCCUCUGAAUUCCAACAAGCAAUGCAGGGAAAGAAAAUCGUGGGAGCUGGUCAGCAAGGAAAAUAUUUCUGGAUCACAAUGUCUUCACCACCACAUGCCGUGAUGCACUUUGGAAUGGCUGGUUGGAUGAAGAUUAAAGAUGCCGAUACAUAUUACUACCGAAGUGACAAACCCGCGGAUAAGGAAUGGCCUCCUAAGUAUUGGAAGUUCUUGCUGGAGACAAGCGAUGAGCCCAAAACCGAGGCUGCCUUCGUGGAUGCCCGCAGACUUGGCCGCAUUAGACUUGUUGAUUGUCCGGCCGAUGAAAUCAGAAAACACACUCCACUCAAGGAGAAUGGACCUGAUCCCGUCACCGAUAAAGAUAUUGUCAAUGAGGCUUGGUUGAUGGAGAAGCUGAGAAAGAAGAAAGUGCCUAUCAAAGCUCUCUUACUGGAUCAGGCUAAUAUCAGUGGGAUUGGAAAUUGGAUGGGUGAUGAGAUUCUGUAUCAUGCCAAGAUACACCCAGAGCAGUACAGCAAUACGUUAAGCGACGAUCAAAUCAAAGAGCUCCACACCUCUAUUCACUAUGUGUGCUCUACCUCUAUUGGUGUCCUGGCAGACUCAGAGAAAUUCCCUGAGCACUGGCUUUUCAAACAUCGGUGGGGCAAGGGAAAGAAGAACCAGCCAGCAGUCCUGCCAAAUGGAGAUAAAAUCACUUUCCUUACGGUUGGUGGUCGGACAAGUGCCGUUGUCCCAGCUGUUCAGAAGAAAACCGGCGCCGUCGCCAAGGAAGUGGAUGAGGAUGAUAGCACGCCAGCUGCCUCUGGACGUAAACGUGCAGCUCCGAAAACGGAGGAGGACUCCGAAGCAGAGGAUGCACGGAAAGCCAAGAAGAGAGGGUCACCCAAGCAAAAGAAACCAGCUGUAAAGAAAGAAGAAGCCGGAGAGGAGGAGACAAAGGCAGCCACUAUGGGUAGAAGACGAUCUACUCGUAUGAAGUAA